AUGGAGACAGCCCCCCAAGACUUUCCUCAUCUGCAAGAUGUUCUCGGCCAGAUGGGCUUUCUAAAAACGUACGUUGUUAUUGGUUAUGGAUUUCGAACCCGGGGGAACACUGAGGAGGUGACCAAGGCACUCAAAGACGCUGCUCAAAAGCUUGUCGAGACUUUCCCUUGGGUCGCCGGCCAGGUCAUCCGUGAAGGAAGUGGGCCAGGAAUGACAGGCCUUGCUACAAUCGUGCCCUACCCCCCUGGAGAGAGAACAACUCCAGUAAUCGUAAAAGAUGUCAGUGAUGCUUCAGCUUCGCUUGACGACAUUCUGAAGGCAGGCGCACCAAUGCAUUUGCUCGGUGGCGAUGUCUUUGCCGUACGGAAGGGGCUCCCCGAUUCUUACGAUGAGAGCGAAGGGCCUGCUCCAGUCCUCGUCAUACAAGCCAACAUCAUCGAAGGAGGUGUCUUCCUCGUUUUCCAGGGGAACCACCACGCCAUGGAUAUGAAUGGCAUGGCGCACAUGAUGCGGCUUUUCUCCAAAGCGCUUCGCAGCGAACCAUUCUCUGAGGCCGAGAUCACACAUGGGAAUCGUGAGAGGCUCACUGCUAUCAAGCUUCUGGGGCCAGACGACCAGAAGGCCGAUGUCAGUAUGAUGAUGGUUCAGCCUGCCCCUCCUGCAAACCAUGGAGCAAGUGCAGCAGCACCAAACGUACAGUGGGUCUACCUGCACCUAGACGGCCCUAAGCUGGCAGAACUCAAAGCCGCAGCUCUGAAGUCCGGUGCUGGUGAAGGAUCUCAGCAGUGGAUUUCGACGGAUGAUGCCCUAUCCGCCUUCAUAUUCCAAAGAAUCACAGCUGCACGUAUGAAGCGCAUGGACAAGAAGGAGCCACAGAUCACGUUCUGCAGGGCGGUUAAUGGCAGGCGGUUCCUUGACCCACCUUUACCCAAGGAGUACAUGGGACAUAUGGUCCAUUGCACCUUCGCGACGGUGCCACUGGACUCGACAGUUGCAACCAGCGACGUUGGAGCACUAGCUCGCCAGAUCCGUGCCGACAUACUCAGCAUCAAGUCCAACGACAUCGAGUCGAUCGCUACGGCAUUGCAUGAGCUGGACGACAAAAAUGCCCUCGCCUACGGUGCGUCGCUGAACAUGUCUGGCUGGGAUCUCAUGAUGUCGAGCUUUGCUGGACUGGGCCUGAAUCACCUGGACUUCGGGGAUGUUCUGGGUGGUCGACCAGUAUUCUCUAAGCGACCGCGGUUCGCACCAAUCGAGGGGCUGCUUUACUUUAUGCCGAAGACAAUAGAUGGGGAUGUAGAUGUCGCUGUUUGUUUGCGAGUCGAAGACAUUCAAACCCUCAGAAAUGAUGAGGAAUUCUUGAAGUACGGUAGUUACGUUGGCUGA